GAAUGAGCUGUUACAGGGAAGCAGCUGCCCCCCUCUGGAACUCGAAUUUUACAUACAAUGUAUGCCCCUCUGCGGCGCCUGUUAACUUUCACUAUGGGACCAACCCCAAAAUCGCGAAAAAAAAAUUUGUCUGUCUCGUAGGAAAUUUCAACAUCAGACCAGCAAAAUGUAUGAAACAGCCAAUUUGUUUUCCGCCUGAAUUUUUUUUUCUAUCCCGAUUCAAAAAAUUACACCAAAGCUUCUAUGAAAACUCAUUUCCACUACGUCACGCAUAUACAAUUUAAAAAAUGUUCACACUAAAACGUGACGUAAUGGAACGGACGUUUUAGGACAUUUUUUGAAUGGAGAAUCCUGACGAUUCUGAGUAACCCCAAGAAAGCCCAGUUAUGUAAAAAUCAGAUUUUCAAUACCAUUUUUUUAAGAAAAUGCUCGUGAACGAGACGGCGCUAUGAAUAUAUGUAUAAUGCGAUGUCCCGUCCGCACACCGGGUCGGGGUGCGGAUACGAUGCAAAUGUGAAAACAACCUAUAAGUAGAGGGCGUACGACCAUAUACCUCCUCCGUCUAUUUGCCUCUUUAUCGUUCAAAUAUGCAAGAGCGAAAGAAAGGUAGGUAAAUAACGAUUGUUAAUGUUCACGGUAAACCCUCAGCGGCUAUAACCGCGAAAAUCAAAGUUCGUCAAUUGCGAGCAUUUGUCUCUGUCACACUAGACGUCUUAGUGAGAGUAAAAGAGAAAGAUCCCCGCAAUUUGCGAAUUUCUGUUUUCGCGGUAGGACAGGAAGCAAUUGCGGUGGAAUGAGACAGACGUAUUUGAUGUUACCCAGUACAAGAUCUGAUGAUAUGAUUGCAUAAUAGGCCCCACAGACGUCACGGAUAAUUAUAUGCGAUUUUCGAUACACUGCCGAUUACUGAGGAGCAACGAAUCCGAUUGAUCGAUGAAACGCCGCAAUGUAUCAAAACUCACGUGAGUUUUGAAUAUCGCGUUCGAUAUUCAAAGAAACCUUGUGUGUGCGAGUGUGCUGCACAGUGGAGUGUAGAAUGAACUAAUUAGUCUACGUUACAUAAUAUAAUCCGCGGGACGGCGGCUAGCGUCGCCGUCUGCCAAAACUCUGUGCCUUAUAAAGACUGAAUUUAAAAAGUUCCUAUAAAAAAAAAAAUAAAGUUUUCGCGCGACUUUCGGAAUUGUAACGACGUAUUUAAGAGACAGAUUGUUGUUAGUAAUGCUAAUAAUAAAUAAAAUUGCAGUGUAUUCGUUUUUAGCAUUACCUAAGUAAUUGGCGAAUAUAUUUCAAGUCAUCAAAUAUUCGAAUUAUAAUGAAGGCGUAACGGUUAAUGAAUUAUUUUUGAAAAUUUGUUGUAAAUUAAGUGAACGUUGAUGUGUUUUUAUUAUCAGAACAGAAAAAUCCCCUUGUUUUGGCAGAAACGAGACAAUAUAGACUUGAACCAUGAAGUACCCCCCCACCAUGCAGCGCCUGGGCACCCCCAAGCCGCAGCUGGUCUCUCACCACUCCGACUACACCGCCGGGGAGACGGUGGGCGGGCUCAGUGUGCUGUUCACCGUGCUGUGCAUCGUCGACCUGUUCGGUGUGUUCCCGGUUAUUGCGCUGCCGAAGAGCGUCAUAGCGUGCGGUUACUACGGUAUUCCAUUGGUGCUGGCCGUGUUUGGGCUGCAGAUAUACACGUCGAUGCUGCUCGGUCGGUGCUGGAUUCUGGCGCGGCAGAUCACGCCUGACAUCCGGGAGAAGAACAGGUAUCCGUACGCCGCCGUGGCGGAGCUAGCGUUUGGGCAGCACGCCAGACGGCUGGUCACGUUCCUCAUUGACGCCACGGUCUUCAGCGCUGGCGUGCCCAACUUUAUAGUCGCAUCACAAAGCAUGCAGCUUUUCUGGUGGAAGAUCACUGGGGGCGAGAUAGGCAUCUCCUACUGUGUGUGGAUGAUCAUUAUUGGGUUGCUGCUCUGCCCAGUCAUGUGGCUCGGCUCUCCUAAGGAUAUGAAAUCGCUAGCAGUAACAUCCGUGGGCAUCGUGUCGACGGUCGCUCUCUGCAUCUGGACCUGCAUCUUGCUGGAUGACUCGUCGCCGCCCAGAGCUGGUCUGUUGGACCAGCCCCAGCUUCAAGACCUGGUUGUUGCUUAUGGCAUCAUAGCUUUUCAGUUCGACAUCCACCCAAUGCUGCUGACCAUCCAAGUGGACAUGAAAGACAGCCGUAAGAUCAACCGCGCGGUGUUCAGCGGGUUCGCCUUCACCGGAGCCCUGUUCGCGGUCACGUCCGCCCUCGCCGCGUACCGCUACGGGAGUGCGGUGGAGAGCAACAUACUGCAAGGGAUCCCGCCGUCCAUAGCGUUGUUCGUGGUGGCGCUACUAGUGACGCUCCAGCUCUGCCUCUCUAGCGCCGUCGGCAACUCCGCGCUCUUCCAGCACGUCGAGGACCUGCUGCACAUACCCAGAGAUUUCAGCUGCCAACGCUGUCUCGUCCGCUCCAGCAUUGUCGCCCUGGCUGUUUUUCUCGGCGAGAGCGUGCCAAGCUUCGACGUGGUCAUGGGUCUAGUCGGAUCCACUCUGACCGGCCCGCUAAUGUUCAUAUUCCCACCUCUCUUCUUCCUAAAGCUGUGCCAUGCGAAGUCUAACCUCAAAGAUUUUAAAUCCAUCGAACAAAAUGGUGGAAGCAAAAAUGGCGACGCUUUCCCGCUCAUUAUUCACAACGCUUUAGAAACUCAGUACAAAACGUUUGUUGAGACUCAUGACGAGUUUAAUUCCAAAUUGGAGCAGUAUAAGAUUAAGUGGUACGAUAUAUUUCUGGCUUUAUUAGUGAUGUCGAUGGGGUUGGUUGCAACAGUGGUGUCGACAUAUUCGAGUUGGUCGGAUGCCGUGAGUUCUGCGACGUUUUCGACGCCGUGCUUGUACAACGCGACUGCGGCGGCGAGAAGCUUCUUGGAGGCGACUACGAAAAUAUAAGGAGUGAUCUCAGUAAUACAAAAACAUUUUAUUUCAGA